UUCAGGAGAUGGCAGUACGCGGAGAAAGCCGUCCUGAAAGCAAAUGACUUCCAAGACUUAUCAUUCAGAAAAAUAUAUUAUUUGUCGAAGAAAGAUAACUUCCUUUAAUCAUAUUUUAUAUUCUGAAGAUAAUGGCCCAAAUAAAGACAGUAUCCGAGCAGGAUGCAAGAAAUGUGGAUAUCCUGGCCAUCUAACUUUUGAGUGUCGAAAUUUUGUUCGUGUGGAUCCUAAAAAAGAUAUUGUUUUGGAUGUCAGUAGUACCAGCAGUGAGGACACUGAAGAGGAAGAAGAACUUAAGCAAUUGCAGGAAAUUAUUAAUGAAAAAGAAACAAUACCAGAUGAUGAGAAGAAGCAAGAUCAUCACAAGAAGAAAAGGAAAGAUAAAAGAGGUGAACAAAGAAAAAGAUCCCGUUCAUGCAGUGAAGACAGAAGUGAAAAAAGGAGCAGGAAACAUCACGUUAUUAAGAAGAAAAAGAAAAAUAAGAAACGAAAACACAGAAGUCACAAGCAUCACCAGAAAGUUAAGAAGAAAAAGGACCAAGCCACUUCUUCAUCGUCAUCAGAAAGUUCCAGUUCCUCUUCUGAUAGUGAUUGACUAAUUCCAUACACUUUUCCAGUCCCAGAUCCGUAACAGAAGGCAGUUUGUUUUUAAAUGCUUUUCUGUGUGGUGGGGAAUGACUCCCAAUUUCAUGAAUAUUUCUUUGCAAAUUAUUCAAAUUUAUAAGAAAUAUAUAGCUUACUCCAGUGGAAGUUUUGUUUGUCAUUUUCUUUCUUUGCUGAAUUGUACAUGGAAAAUGUUUGAAUAGUUUACAAUGUCACUUGUUGAAAACUCAAAUAACCAUUAAUACAGAAGGAUUACCGUUUGAUACCUCAAAGUCAGUAUUUGAUCCAUUACACAGACUAUAUAAUGCACUCAAACAAAUAUUUUUAGAAAUUCAGUAUGUCUUUUUGGACAGCUUUCCAAUACAAUCAAUAUAAUCAUUGGAUUUAUCUCUACGCAUAGAAAUAUAGUAUGGAACUGUUCUUUAUGUAACAGUCUUACAGUUUAUUGACAUUUCCCUGCUUAUUUUUAAAUAGAUAUAUUUCUAUGAAUGUAUAUAACUCAACUGAUUCAAUUUAACUCUGACAUCUUUUUGUAAUAGCCUAAUUCUGACUGACUUGCCUGACAAAACUUCCUCAGUAAUUUGUCUUUCCUUAAAGAUCAGUUCCAAUAAUAUAUGAUACAUUUUUGACUGUAGGGUCAAUUUUAAGACAUUUGGAGUAAACUGCAGUAAAUUAUUUGUUACCCUAUUUUAUAAGCAAUGCCACACAAUAAUAUUCAAUAAGAAAAUAAUUAUGAAAUAAUGUUUCAAAACAUUCUGUUCUAUCUGUUGUAAGCAAAUUUAUUUUUUUAAUAUACAUAGCUAGUUAAUGUAAAUUUGGUCUUUACUGGUGUAUAAUAAUUGCUCUGUUGUAUUAAGUAAAUUAUUAUUUGUACCCAAGAAAUGGUAUUCAUAGACAUGGCAAAGUGAACAGUAUUUUUGAGGGGAGGCAGAAUAUUUUUCUCAGGCCAAUCUGGCAUAGAGUGUCAGAAGGUUUUUAUUGUCAAAGCUUUAGAAUUGCUUUGGCCCAUUGUUGCUUUAUUAUCAUAGUCAGAAUAAUUCCACUGUUACCACAAUAUAGAUCAAUUUCACUACAGUUUCCACUCCCUGUCUGCAGUAUUUAUCCAUUUCCUGUAAGUGCCUGAAGCUUUUCAUCCUUAUGAUCUCUAGUUCUAGAUGCCUCCAGCAGGGGAAAUAUAAAAUACAUUCCGUAAAGUUCCAUCAGAACCUUGUAUAUUUCAGUGAGGUUCAAUCUUUCUUAGUAAUUUAGCCCUCUAUUCCAGAAAUCCUUCAAAUGAAACUGCUCUCCAUUGACGUUGACACAAGGGGCAGAAAACGCUGGUGAGAGUUGUGUACAGGCCACCUAACAGUAGUGGUGAGGUUGGGGAUGGCAUUAAAUAGGAAAUUAGAAAUGCGUGCAAUAAAGGAACAGUAGUUAUAAUCUACAUAUAGAUUGGGUGAACCAAAUUGGUAAGGGUGCUGAGGAAGAGGAUUUCUUGGAAUGUAUGCGGGAUGGUUUUCUGAACCAACAUGUCGAGAAACCAACUAGAGAGCAGGCCAUUCUAGAUUGGGUAUUGAGCAAUGAGGAAGGGUUAGUUAGCAAUCUUGUCGUGCGAGGCCCCUUGGGUAAGAGUGACCAUAAUCUGGUGGGAUUCUUCAUUAAGAUGGAGAGUGACAUAGUUAAUUCAGAAACAAAGGUUCUAAAUUUAAAGAAGGCUAUCUUUGAGGGUAUGAGACGUGAAUUAGCUUAGACUGGCAAAUAAUACUUAAAGGGUUGAUGGUGGCAAGCAUGGCAAGCAUUUAAAGAUUGCAUGGAUGAACUACAACAAUUGUUCAUCCCAGUUUGGCAAAAGAAUAAACCAGGGAAGGUAGUGCACUCGUGGCUGACAAGGGAAAUUAGGGAUAGUAUCAAGUCCAAAGAAGAAACAUAUAAAUUAGCGAAAAAAAGCAGCGCACCUGAGGACUGGGAGAAAUUCAGAGACCAGCAGAGGAGGACAAAGGGCUUAAUUAGGAAAGGGAAAAAAGCUGGCAGGGAACAUAAAAACUGACUGUAAAAGCUUUUAUAGAUAUGUGAAAAGAAAAAGAUUGGUCAAGAGAAAUGUAGGUCCUUUACAGUCAGAAACAGGUGAAUUGAUCAUAGGGAACAAAGACAUGGCAGACCAAUUGAAUAACUACUUUGGUUCUGUCUUCACUAAGGAGGACAUAAGAAAUCAUCCGGAAAUAGUAAGGAACCGAGGGUCUAGUGAGAUGGAGGAACUGAGGGUCUAGUGAGAUGAGGAACUGAGGAACUUCCCUACAUGUUAGUAGGGAAGUGGUGUUGGAUAAAUUGAAGGGAUUAAAGGCAGAUAAAUUCCCAGGGCCAGAUGGUCUGCAUCCCAGAGUGCUCAAGGAAGUAGCCCAAGAAAUAGUGGAUGCAUUAGUGAUAAUUUUUCAAAACUCCUUAGAUUCUGGAUUAGUUCCUGACAAUUGGAGUGUGGCUAAUGUAACCCCACUUUUUAAAAAAGGAGGGAGAGAGAGACCGGGGAAUUAUAGACCGGUUAGUCUGACCUCGGUGAUGGGGAAAAUGCUAGAGUUGGUUAUCAAAGAUGUGAUAUCAGCACGUUUGGAAACAGGUGAAAUCAUCAGACAAAGUCAGCAUGGAUUUAUGAAAGAAUUUUUUGAAGAUGUAACCAGUAGAGUGGAUAGGGGAGAGCCAGUGGAUGUGGUAUAUUUAGAUUUUCAAAAGGCUUUUGACAAGUUCCCACACAGGAGAUUAGUGCGCAAACUUAAAGCACACGGUAUUGGGGAUAUGGUAUUGAUGUGGAUAGAGAAUUGGUUGGCAGACAGGAAGCAAAGAGUGGGAGUAAACGGGACCUUUUCAUAAUGGCAGGCAGUGACUAGUGGGGUACCGCAAGGCUCAGUGCUGGGAACCAAGUUUGCAAUAUAUAUUAAGGAUUUAGACGAGGGAAUUAAAUGCAGCAUCUCCAAGUUUGCAGAUGACACAAAGCUGGGCGGCGGUGUUAGCUGUGAAGAGGAUGCAGGGUGACUUGGAUAGGUUAGGUGAGUGGGCAAAUUCAUGGCAGAUGCAAUUUAAUGUGGAUAAAUGUGAGGUUAUCCACUUUGGUUGCAAGAACUGGAAAACAGAUUAUUAUCUGAACGGUGGCCGAUUAGGAAAAGGGGAGAUGCAACGAGACCUGGGUGUCAUCGUACACCAGUCAUUGAAGGUGGGCAUGCAGGUACAGCAGGCUGUGAAAAAGGCAAAUGGUAUGUUGGCAUUCAUAGCAAAUGGAUUUGAAUACAGGAGCAGGGAGGUUCUACUGCAGUUGUACAAGGCCUUGGUGAGACCACACCUAGAAUAUUGUGUGCAGUUUUGGUCCCCUAAUCUGAGGAAAGACAUUCUUGCCAUAGAGGGAGUACAGAGGAGGUUCACCAGAUUGAUUCCUGGGAUGGCAGGACUUUCAUAUGAAGAAAGACUGGAUCGACUAGGCUUAUACUCACUGGAAUUUAGAAGGUUGAGGGGGGAUCUUAUUGAAACGUAUAAAAUUCUAAAGGGAUUGGACAGGCUAGAUGCAGGAAGAUUGUUUCCGAUGUUGGGGAAGUCUAGAAUGAGGGGUCACAGUUUAAGGAUAAAGGGGAAGCCUUUUAGGGCCAAGAUGAGGAAAAACUUCUUCACACAGAGAGUGGUGAAUCUGUGGAAUUCUCUGCCACAGGAAACAGUUGAGGCCAGUUCUUUGGCUAUAUUUCAGAGGAAGUUAGAUAUGGCCCUUGUGGCUAAAGGGAUCAGGGGGUAUGGAGAGAAAGCAGGUACAGGGUUCUGAGUUGGAUGAUCAGGCAUGAUCAUACUGAAUGGUGGUGCAGGCUCGAAGGGCCGAAUGGCCUACUCCUGCACCUAUUCUAUGUUUCUAUGACAGUGGUUUAUUAGAAUAAUUUCUUGGAUGGAGUUUGUAGUAUUGAAGUGUGAUCUCGUUAGUAUCCUGAAUUCUUGAAGCAAGUGUUCCCUACAUCUGUGCACCACAGCUCUUGCAAUAAAGUUCAAUAGUCCAUUUGCCUUCAUUAUAUGUAAAAUUUGGUUCUUAGGUGUGUGGUUUAUUAAAAACUCAUUAUCUGGGAUUUGAUAGUCAGGAUUGAAGUGAUGGUGCUCACUGCUAAUCUUGAAAGGUAGUAAUAUCUGUAGUUGAAAUUUUCUCCUCUCUAGCAUAUUAGUGUCAGUCAUCAGUUCAUGGAGAAUUCUGGCAUCUGUCAAUAAUGACAUAAUCAGAUAAACCUGCAAGUUAAAUAUAUUAAAGAAUUUUUAUGCAGCAGAUAAAAUUAAAAGUCAUUUUGGUAUAUUUUAGCAGACAUUGGGAUAUAAUGUUUCUUUCAAAUGAAGUCAAUUUUGUUUUAAUAUGGAAAUUAAUGUACCUGUACAUAAAACAAGAACAUGAGCAUUUUCUAAGUGUUAAUUAUGUAAUUAUAUCAAUCUGCUUAAAGCAUACAUUAAAAUUGUCUUCUGGGUAUUUUGCUGCA